UACUGGCACUCUUGUUUAUUUUCAUAGGCUAGUCUGGAAGCUGCUGUAAUGAUGGCGUCUUCAGCUCCUAAUUUAUUUAUUUCUUUCUGCUGUUUCCCCAAACAACGAUAGGAACAUUGUGUCCCAGUAGCUAAAGGGAGGAGAUGCAGAAGGGGGAGCGGGCGGUGGAGGAGCUGGGUGAUUGGGCGGGUAAAGAGAAGGGGCGGGUAGAUAUGUCGUCCUAAAUAUGGUUCCAAGCUAUUGAAAAGUUGUACUUUUUUUCUAAAUAAAGAUACAUUCUACUUAAACAGAUGCCUUUGUUACAUAGUAGCUUAGACAACAACAGGAUCCAAGUGUAGCUGGUCAAACACGGUCCCUUUAUAACCAGCUGAAACACAAUUUGAGACUGAAGUGCCUCUGCAAAGGCCCAAUUCCGGGGAUGAAAUCCUUAAAGUCCAUGGAGCGUCCUGCAGGUUAUAAAAAUCAACUUGAAAUUAUCCAUAUUCUGCAAAUGCAGCUCAUGGUGGACUGAAAACACUGCCCUUCUGCUAGAGAGAAAUUAGGAUGUCGAACAGUAUAUGCUAAGCAUUGUGAGCUGGCUUUAAAUUUCCUGCUCUUCAAAGCAGACAUUUUAAUUGUUAAAUUAUUUUGUUUCGAAUAUUGCAUUUUUCCCUCUUGGUUUGGGUGGCAAAAGGAUUUUUGCUGACGGCUAUCUUGCCGUUUAUACUCAAACCUUAGCUUUCAGUGAAAUCUUCCGAGAAGCAGCACAAUGGCAAAUCUGAAGUUCAUCUGAAAACCAGUCUUCCUUAUUGCUGCUAAACAUUCUAAUUCGUAACCUUGCUUGGGACUGUGUUUGUGUAGGAAUGUACAGCAGCUGUUUCUAUGCAUACAUCUGUCUCUGUUUCAUUAUGAACUGCAGGCAGGUCUGCUCUGACUCUUUGCAGGUGUUUUAGGGUGUCUGUAAAUGUGUCUAUAUGACUGAUGGAACAAUGGGAAACCACAGGUCACAUGACCAUGACCUGCACUUCAUCAUGUUGCCAUCAGGCCAUUAAGCUGUUGUCAAUCACCCACCAAGUAAUUUUCUGCAUGCCUUCCACACCCUGACGCACUCAGGCACAUGUUUGUUGCCUGAGGCAUCCACUGGUAUUCCAAGCUGCCUCUGUAAGAUGUAACCACAUCUUGUAAAACUGCUAUAUGACGUCUCACUGUCUGUUUCAGGUCAGAUGAUCACAAUUGCAAGAAUGCCUGACUAGAAUUUGAUCAGCAUUAAUUUUCAUCAAAUAGCACCUACUAUCCUGUCUCCCAUUGAGGAAUAUGAAGCAACACCCAGUUCAGGAGAUAUAUAUGUGUAUACAUUGUACCGUGAUUUCCAGGACCAAGAAUGGGAACAAUGGUUUUUCUAGAAGCACAUCUUCUGUAGAGCGCGGAAUGAACAUUGAGGCUUUGUUUGUGUCUACACAUUUCUGCUUCUGUUCUGUAGUAUCUUUGCAAAUCAGUCAUUUUCAGUGCCAUUCGUUUUCAACGUCAGUCAGCCUGAACGAUCAGGGUGACAGCCUUUGUUUUGGAAGGAAUCACAUGAAAUAGUUGUGUGUAUCUAAUUGUGAGAGCACAAGAACUUUUAAUUUGGGUUGGACUAGUAGUUGGGGUGGUACUGUCAUUAAUUUAAAAGUGACGCAAGGGUGACUGAAGGGUCGAAAGUUACAGAAAGUUGGAAGGUGAAGUAUAGGAAAGUAGAGUUAAUCGGUGUGUAUCUGUUGGGUUCAGGAUCACUGUAGACAAUAUAAACCAUUUGCAUCUCUCUCUCUCUCACUUUAAUGAAGAGGCAGUUGGCUGUUUCUGUGUCCUGUGUUCUAUGCCUGCCAAAAAAGUCAAUUGUUAUAAGCCUUACAUAAUAGGGGCCCGAUCCUCAUCAUAGUCGAUGUAUAUACCACAUGCUGUUUGGUUUCGUUCCUCUGCCAGUCAUGGGGAUGGAAGCUGAAUGGGUUUGAAUUCUCCCAUGUACUUUACCACUGCAUACUGUACCUUCUGAUUGCGACCUAAACUCCCACCUGGGUGCAGUAUGCUUCCUUAUUGCUAUUCUUUACAGGACUCUUGAUAUAUGUGCUAGUAAAUAUCACGUGUACUGCGUCUUUAGUAAAUGUUCUAUGGUAAGAUUGGGAACGCUCCAUUUAGAUGUAACAAUGUACCUCAUUAAUGCACAUGAAGACAUAACUGCACAAAUUAGAACUUUAGAAUCUUCAUAAUCAUACAUUGUACCAUAUAUCAUAUUGCACCGUAUGAGCUACAUAAGAAGUAUCUUAAGAAGAAUCUCACAGGUGGAGAUUUCUAGACAACGGUUAACUGCACCAUACUCCUGUGACGCCUCUUUUGUCCUCAUUCUUUGUCUCUUUUACGGAGAUCUUCCAAUGUCAGCAAGAUUAUGCAUAGAGUUUCAUCAGGGUUCAAAUUUAGGUGAAAGGCUGUUGUAUUUUUUUCUGCCAGCCUCUUGCUUUUUGGUCUCCUCCUGCUCUCUUUAACCACAUACUGAGCGUGCUCCCUAGCCAACCGCAGGCUGACGGCACUAUCGUUCUCGCUCCAUUUCCAGUGCCCUCAAUGGCUAAUUUACCCGCAGAUGUUAAAGCCGGUUUCUGAGUCUCGGCUUGCUUCCUGCAUUGGUGUGCAGUACCCAACCCACUUUGUUCCUCAUGCAUUGAAGCAUCUCUUCAUUUUCCAAGAGAGGCAUACGUAACCCACACAAAAUAGAAUCAGUAGCCCAAACUUGGCAGAAGGAAAAUUAAAUUCUGUGUCUUAGGAUGAAUGUUAAAUAACCGUGGUUCUCUGAGACUUGCGUAUAAUCUUCAGACUGAAGUUUCUUCAUAAUGUUCUUUCCUUAAUCAGGUUUAGGAUCGUUGCCAUGUUCUUAUCACCUUAAUUACUGCACAGCAAUGUAAAUACUGUUAUAUAACUGUUUCUGGGCUAGUUCGGACCUUUUAUUGACAUACAGCUGGAAAACUGGGCUAAAAAUACGGCAGGCAAAGAAGACCCAAGUUCCAGUUCAGGGACAUAGUAGAGAGUUAUCAAUGGAGAAAUGAAUAAAUGGAUGAGGCCAGUAUAUGAUGGAUUUUAAUGUAUGUCGUUUGCUCUUACGAAACGCUGAGCGGAGAAAAACAUGACAGCCUAACAAGGUACCUAAAAGAGCCUUUGUUCUGAGGAGGAACAGCAGAGCAAGCAAUCUAUAGCCACGGCGCCGAGACAGUUGAGCUCUCGGUGGAGCAAAGUAAGGUCUGAAAUACAGUAAGCCCACAUGCCUCCCAGUUUUCAAGAGGGUAACAUUCGGUUGGGUGCAGUCAAGUAGUGGGUUUGAGACAAGUGGCAGGAAGGCAGGGUUAGGUAAGGUUUACUAGGAUGAAGAAAUCAGGGGAAUGGCAGGCAGGACUGUUUCACAGGAACUCCUGAGUAGGAAGCUGUGCAGGACAGCUCCAGGGGAGACAAGACAAACAAAGGGGCCUGCAAGGCCUUUAGGUCAUCUUCGCCUCUGUUGCUUAAAAUACAUUUCUUUCCUUCUUCCUGUAUGCAAGCAGCUGAGAGAAUGUCUUAUUGUUGCAGAUUUUAGUUGUGUGGGCAGCAGUGUUUAUGUUGGCUAAUACCGUAGCCUUGGUCUACCUGAGCGCAGAUGAAGAAACUUAUCAAGGCAUGGGAAGCAGGGACAAGAGGCAAGAUUAUGGGACAUUCCCAGCUGAACUUUCGUCUUUAAUGCGGGGGUCUAGUACUGACCCUUUGACUUUUCAGUUUGGUUAUAAGCCAGCCUUGCUUCCCACAGGAUAACGAUUUUAUUGUUUUUUUGUUCAUUAUCUGAUUCAUUUAUUCUGGUGUAUAGCAACACUCUAAUCAGGUCUGCUUUGGCUCCUCCCCCCUUAGCAGUGCUUACAUAUCAGGCCUUUGUUUCCAGUUGAUUCAAAUCACUGUUGGCCACUUGAGCAAGACCAAAAACUGCUCAAGUGGUGAUGGAUCAAUGUAUAUGUGUCCCUGAUAAAAAAGGUACUGUAGAUGGAAUAUGUGAAAAAAAUUAUUUACUUGUGCCUAUACUUAACAAAUUUAGCAAAAUUGAAAAUGGAUGGAUGGAUGGAUAUAUACACUGUGUAAACAAUUCUCGCCUGAGCUUCAUAAUUAAGUGGAAGAAACAUUUCUUUGGUUUAUGUUCUGUGUUUGCUCUAUUAUUUGGGCUUUUUAAUUGUAUGUACCUUCCCUUUGCCAGCAAGCGGACAUGUAGUGUUUUUCCACUGCCACACGGAACUGAGCUGUACUGCAAACUGGAGGUUUUCCAUUGUGUAGUAUGUGAGCCGUACUGCAAACUGGAGGUUUUCCGUUGUGUAGUAUGUGAGCCGUACUGCAAACUGGAGGUUUUCCGUUGUGUAGUAUGUGAGCCGUACUGCAAACUGGAGGUUUUCUAUUGUGUAGUGUGUGAGCCGUACUGCAAACUGGAGGUUUUCCGAUGUGUAGUAUGUAAGCUGUACUGCAAACUGGAGGUUUUCCGAUGUGUAGUAUGUGAGCCAUAUUGCAAACUGGAGGUUUUCCAUUGUGUAGUAUGUGAGCCGUACUGCAAACUGGAGGUUUUCCAUUGUGUAGUAUGUGAACCGUACUGCAAACUGGAGGUUUUCCAUUGUGUAGUAUGUGAGCCGUACUGCAAACUGGAGGUUUUCCAUUGUGUAGUGUGUGAGCCGUACUGCAAACUGGAGGUUUUCCAUUGUGUAGUAUGUGAGCCGUACUGCAAACUGGAGGUUUUCCGUUGUGUAGUAUGUGAACCGUACUGCAAACUGGAGGUUUUCCAUUGUGUAGUAUGUGAGCCGUACCAAAGCCGUAACCCCGCUGACUUGGCCCUGCUUCCUGGAAAAAGCAUAUAUUCUUCAUGUUAUUCAUUAUUACUUGUAUCGCACAUGUAUUGUAUUGAUGCAUUCCCAAUAACUCAAAACUUGAAAAUUUCCAACCUCCAGCUUUAAAAAAAAAAACCAUUAUAGAGAACAGCUGAACGAAAUGGAUUUGUAUGAAAAUGCAUUUGAUGCUGACAUAACGUGGCGAUAAUAUAAUAAUAAUUGCUCAUAGUAAAUCAUGAUGAACACCACGUGAAUAGAAGCGUCUCUUCAGUUUUACGUCACUGUCAAUCUCCAAACCCGACAAGGCCUUUACCAACCCUUCUGUAGUGGAAAACCAGAGCGAGCGGAAACUGUGCUGUAACUAGUCUCUGUCCGCUGCUCGGAUACCACUCAGCUCCUGUAUGCUAGUGGAAGAGCAACAAUAGUGCAUCCACCCCAAACACUGCAGGAGCAGACUAGUAACACAAGCACAACCACGCACUGGAGCACACCUAGCAAUGGCUAGGGUUAAUUUGGCAACCCUCUUUCUCCCUGUAUAAAUGAUAGAUGAAUUACAUGACAAACACAUUGUGUACUUCCACGAGAAUAAAUCAGACCCAUCUGACAUCCAGUGUUUUGGCCCGGUCUAUACACUGAUACAUUUUUGAGUUAAUUACUUUCUUCCUUGAGUUUACUUUUCGUAAAUAAAAGAGACUUGCUCAUCAAGAAGUUUACCAUUUCCCCCCUUCAUGUACCGUCUUGUUUAAAAUGAUUAAAGCCCAACACAUGAACACAUGAAAGACUGGAGCAGUGAACAUGCUGAAGAGGCUCAAAUGCAGCUUUUCUGCUUUGGCCUGACUAUGCGACGUGAUGGCCAAGAAUUUUCCUUUCCCUAUUUGGCCCAGGCUGCCUGCCAUUCUCUAUCCCAGUUUUGAUGCCCCCUAAUUCAACCCUGACAGUUACCUCGCUUUCUGACUCAGCUCUCCUACCUCACUGGAGUCACCCUAUCUAACCAGGCUCUCUUUUCUUACUACCUGCCAAUGUUCUUUGAAAGGGCCGUCUAGGUUUUUUAAGUUGGUUUUUGCAAAGUGCAUGCACUUCAUGAAUAUGUACUCAGCAAUUUGGGGUAUUUCCUGUCUACUAUUUGGUUUCACCUAACACCACCCCCCCCCCCAAUUCUUAGCUUCGGUCCAUGAAAGGGUUUUACCCAGGGACCUUGUCCUACCCACGCCAUCCCUCAAGGACCAUUGUAUUUUUAAAAAUCACUUUCCACCCCCAUGUACAAGAAAGAGAUCUGAAACAGCACUUAUGCUUACAGAGUGUGUUUGGGGGAGCAGCUUGAGGGAGUGAUAUCCACAAUGACGCUCGUACACUGUACCCAGUAGAAGAACAGAUCUAGAAGAGAAAUUUACCAACAUAAUGGUAUGUUAUUUUUUCCCGGGGUUUGAAUAGAUUUAUUAUUGUGAAAACAAUUAAUCCUAUGGUCUCCCUUCCCUAUUGCUGUCUAUGUUUUGUAGCAAUCAGUGGUUCUACAGAAGACUUUAUAUAGAGGGUACUUUGAAACCGGUAUCAUCAUAGGCUGCCAACCAUCCAGCAUUUUACCAGAUUGCUUUCCUCCUUAAGCUGUCUUGGUGAACCACAAGUGAAGUGAACGUGGAAAUAUCUGGAUGCAACUCAGGUUGUAAAGUGCCAGCCACACAAACUGAUCACCCAGCAUCAAUACCCAACCUAAAAGGCAGCCAACCCCACCCGCAAUGGUCCCGCUAGGCUUAGGGAGCAUCUAUUAUCGUCAAAUCUUCCUGACUAGUUUUUGGUUAUUUCACAAGCAAUGCUAUUCUGAAGUUUUUAAUUCUUGCCGAUAAAACCAGGUGGGGAGGGGUGCAAUUUAUUAUGAAUUUUACGUCCCAGAUUUCGAAACACCACGGUAUACUUUAUUAUUGUCAGUUAUACCAUGACACUGUCAAAUUGAAUCUUGAAUCUUAAGGGUGUUGACAUAUAGUGCCGUCCAGCUGAAUCACAGUAAUAAAUCAAUGUGUAAUUGUAGUGUAUAAUUCUAAGUAAUGUUACUUAAUGCAAACUUAAUGGAAAAACUAAUAAUUGUUACAGAUAACUUACUUCCGGCUGAGGACCAGGACAUGUGGUCAGUGAUUACAUUCCAAAAUGAUUUAGUGGUGUAAUGCUCUUGUAGUCCAGUCAUACUUUGCAGUCCUGUUCAUGGUUACUACACAUUUGGCUUACACAUUUAUACAGACUAACAUUUGGACUAAGAAGCAGGCAAUUUCUAACUAACCACUGACUUAUACAGUAGUGCUAGCAAUGGACUAUUUUUGCAAUAAAGACAAUGGCUUUGGUCGUACUUAAACAAAGUAGGCUUCAGGUGAUAUCUAAUUUUUCAUAUAUUCAGAUCACGUCAGUAUGCCUUAUUUCAACUGUACUUUAAACAGCAACCCUAAUUUCCGAUCCUCCAAAAUACAGUUUCGUUGUAAGGAAAUACCGGGGUAUGCUGCACCACCUGAGUCUAAAUAGUACUUCUACUAAUAAACGCAUUUUCCGUUUGUAAACGUGAAAAUAAUGUCUUCAAGCGGAAACGUGUAAGCCAAAUGUGUAGUCACCGCGGUAUAAAGAAGUAAAUGUGCUCCAAGCCACGCAUUAUCUGAUUUUAAACGCUCCCUGCGAGGGCCACCUUCACAUAGCGGCGGGUGGUUCUUUGCCUCCGCGGCUGAGCGUUUAAAAACGUUUAACGCACAGGUUGUUGAGCAUCAACCCUUACAUACUGUAGUGUAUUUCCAUACAGCAGCGUCUCAGCAAGAUUCUAACAACAUUGAAUUUUGCAUUUCAUUUCUCGCAAAAUAUAAGGAUACAUUCUGUGCUCUCGUUAAGACUUAUAAAGAGAAAAACAUUCAAAUGAGUCGUACCUUUAAAAAUUUUUCUGACAUAGCUAGUUUUACUUCAUGGAAGACAAAUGCUGUAUUCUAUGUGUGAGACAGAUAGGGUUAGAUCGCUGGAUUCUGUCCCAGAACUAUGGAUUAAGAGGAAUAUUUCAGGGCGUACACCUGGUCGAAGUUGCGAGGUAUGCCUUGUUGCUGUAGCAUUUACAAAAAAGCAAUUAAUACACAGAUCUAUAGUGACUCAUAGCAAAAAAAAAAAAGGUUUUGGACGCAACUUUGAAUAAUGAAUUUAAGGAAGUGAUACUUUUUGUCGGUACUUGUAUUUGUUUCUUUUGCAGCCAAAAUAAGCAAGUAAUGCUGUAAUGAAUAAGGUUUUCUGUGCUGGGAACAUUUUUGCUUAUUUUUUUAAACGUUUGGAUCGUCUAAGGAUUAACUUUUUUUUUGCACAUAUGACUGGAAGUUUGCACCCGUUCUCUCAUGGUUAUUCCAGGAAACACAGCAUGUUUGGUUACCAUUGAUUAAAGGUCAGUCCUCCUCAGGCUGCUAACGAGCAUUAAGCAGGCUGAAUGAGGAUGGGGGGGUGGAUAGUGAAGAAAAGGUACAGCUCUGUAGCAUUGCUACCUUCUACUGGAUGGGCAUAUCAGCGAUGAGUCCAGCGAAAAACCCACAUUAAGAAAAUGUGAACUUCCGAGUCCUUUAUCUCUUCAGAUGACUUCCUCGCUUUCUAUACAAGUGGGCCUGAUUCUUCUCAAGUGUAAUCGAACUACACAGGUCAGACAACUGAAGAGCUACCUGGUGACAGGGUGGCGAGGAGGAGCAUGGUGGCGAUUAAUAAUUAAUCAUGGCUGACUAGGCUGUGCUACAUAAAUACACCUUUUCAACAGGCACACGCGGAACUGCUGACAAUAUACAGAAAAGCGAGCGAGUGCGGGUAAACAGCAGCUUGUUUUCAAGGCAUGAAUAAGUUGUGAGCUGAAACUCUUUUCCGAUAUUUUCGUGAUUCACCAGAGACACAGAUGUAUGCUGGGAAUGAACUGAACAUUAUGAACACCUCUAGAGUGACACAUUUUAUUGAGUGUUUUUUUUUUUUACUGAAAUGUGUACUUUUUGCCUUAAGUCAUUUUCAGUCAUUUUCCAAGAUCCAUGUACUCUGGUCACGGUUUUUUUUCUGGCUUCAGUAUGUUAAUCUACCCUUAAUUUAUAUGAAUGGCAAUAAAUGAUAUAUGUGACUGAGAAGCUACUGAUUGCAUGUGUACAUUAGUGUGUGUAUGUUGUUGUGUGUUCUGGUACAUUCUCGCAUCCCGUGCGCCACGUAUGGGUGGUCCGGGAACCUCUUGCACCUGCACCUCUCCAUCUCCACACACCCUGUCCUCCCAACCAAAAGGGAGCUAUUUCUGUCCCUUGCGUAACAUCUUAUAUAAGUUACCCUGAGACUAAACAAGCGUUUCCUCAUCGACGCCUGUCUCAUCUUGUACAAUGAGAACGCGGCCCGCUGAACAAUUGCAGAUUUAACGCAGCUUUGUUUCCACACAGACUCAUUCUGGCUUGUGAAUCUAGGCAGUAGAAGUGUCCGGUGAACUUGCAUAUAUGUGUAUUACAUGCAGAAUAAAGUAGCUGCUGGUUAUCCAUUACUGUAGGCAGUGCCUGGAUUCAGUGUCUUCUGCAAAUGCCUGCUGCUUCCGUAUACACAAAAAGACAAGUACAACAUGUUCUGAAAACAAAGUAAUUUCAUAUUAAUUAAAGAGGCCAUCUACCCUGCAUUUGAGCUCAGGAAAUUGCAGCAUUUCAGUGACUCAAAUGCAGUGCUGUUAGUCAAUUUUAAGCCAUUAGUUGGAUUACCUUCGUUAAAGAUAAUCCAUUAAGAGGCUGCUUGUUCUUUACCUUUUAAAAACCUUAAAAUUCACCCGCUCCCUUUUAAUGCGGGUCUCUAAAAAACAUGCACUGACAGGCAACGCUCUGAAGCAGCGCCUUGCAUUGUUGUGAUGGCAACCAACCACAUCCAGCAAUUUCUCACUGCAUGCUGGAUCCAAAGGCCUACACGUUGCUUUACUUCCAUGGGUUAUAUUCAUUCAGGCUCUCAAGUGGUACCCAGAAGUAUGAGAAGUAUAACCCCGAAUUACACAUCGAAAUAACAACUCCAUUUUUUUUUUCAUCACUUCAGGCCAUUUUCUCCAUUUCAUUUCAGUUGCUCCUAUGUCUGUUGUGAGGGUCUACGCAUGAUUUGAGUCUCAUGAUGAGAGAGCAGGUAACUGAUGGGGUGGUACUUUUCCAUCCGCUAGCAGCUGCCAAACUGCACAUGCCUGUUCGCUCCACAGGAGGUGCCCAAACAGCGCCAGCUGACCACCUCCAUGCAGAUACUGUGAAAUGCAACACUUCUGUUAUGCAGCUAAGGGUUCCAAUUUGUGGUAAUUUGAGGGGGGGGGAAAAUGAUGCUAAGUAUAAUCGAGAGACCCAAAAGUGGUGGUAAGAAGAAUUUCUGCCAGAGAUAGUGUAACCUACUUGUUACAAGCGUUGUUGGUCAUGGAGGUCAUACCUUGAAUCCAUAAAAAUGAAAACGGUCACUAGGCUUGGCAUCCGUAUAAUUAUUGUGGGUGAGCGUGAGUGUUUUUGAGAGGACUAGUUUUGUUAAUGUGUGUGAGGCAGUAAGGGUGUGAGGAGGAAGAGUGAUGUGUUGGGGUGGGGUAGACCUUGUGAGGUCUGCGUGCAUGCCAGUCCUUAUGUGCACAUAUUACAGGCGGCCGUAUGUCUAAAGGGAUGACAUCUUAGGGUGCUUCAUCCAAGCUCUAAUUGAAUGUUUGCAUAUUUGUGUGUGUGUGUGUGUGUGUGUGAGAGAGAGAGAGAUAGAGAGAGAGACACUGACCCUUUUGAGGACAGGUCCAGUUUGGGAUCAGGCCUCUGCAAUCUGUUUGUGGUACACAUAAGGGUCGGCUUGGUGUACUGAGGAUCAGGAUAAACAUUCCUGACUGUUGUCCAGGGCCACACACACAAUACAUUCUGUACUGAAAUUAUAAUUAUUUCCUGCUGCUAUCAACUCACAAAGCUGGCUGUUUUAAGGCAGACAGGAGUCUGCUAACCUGGAGCAAUUUUUAAAAAAUAAAUUAAUAUAUAAACCUUCAAGGCUACCAAUAGAACUACACUGAAAGUUUGUUUUCUAUGAAAUGAGAAAUGUAUCCUUUUGAGGUUCUAUAUGAAUAUAAACGUAUUUAAGUUUAAAUUGUUUCAUUUAAGGUUAAUUUAAAUUGAAAUAAUUUUAGCAGAUAUAAGAAGAAAAUGUAUUGAAAGUAUUGAAAAGUCAGGAUUAUGUAGCGGACACAGUAUGCGUUUGGAAUCUGUGUUUUUAAUCUGGAUUGCAUUUGACUCAAAAAUGUAGACCACUAUACAUAAAUCACAGUUGUUGGGUCUUCACCGUUAUCUGCCCAUCACAACUCUUUCUUUACCAGCUCUGCAACUCUCGGCUGGAAGGCAAGUAUUUGUACAUUUCUAAUUAGAGGCAGGAAAUGUUUAUUCGCGUUUGAUUGGGUGGGUCUCCCUGUAAUUCUGGGCACGUUUAAACAAACUAUUUAAGCAUCCUGUUUAAAUUCGCUUUCACAGAAAAAAAUGCAUAAGUAGGGGUGGACUCCUGGACUCUUAUGUAAGAUGUGCUUUUUCUGUGAGAGGGAAUAAAAGAAAAAAAAACCUUUAACACAAUUAUUCUCGGUGUCACCCGUGACAGACAUCUCCCCUGCCAGUGUUAUCCUUUUAUUCUGUGCCCUAGAAGUACAGGAAAUAUAUUUCUUUGUUCCCAAAUUAGUGUGUGGUCAAUGUGGUCAAUGUUCUUAAAAGUGCAAUGUUUUGUGUAUGAAAAACCUAACUGGUAAAGGUGGCUGCACUGAAUCAUUUCCAUCAUUUGAUUGUGAUCUGGAGUCAAUAGGUGCCAGAAUUUUUUUCUGGAACCAGAACCUUUUUCUGGAACCGGAGACUAUUGCUGUGUUCACACUGCAGGAACCCGGCCCAAUUAUAGUUCUUUUAAGGCAGUUCCAGAAUCCUUUUUUAGUACCUACUGAAGACUAGGUACUUUUCAUUCGAACAGAAACUACUGGGGAGGCGCCUACAGUCUUGCUAAUUGGUUGACCACAAGCACCAGCGCUAAUGUGGAAGUUACGUGGAAGUGCAGAAAAAGAGACGUACUGUAGUGGAGCAAAAUUUGAACACGUGGAGUUAUUUUUGUACCCCAAUGACAUUUAUUUAAUCAAUUAGUGCAUGUUUUGCUUGUGUCUCCAUAUUUAUAUAUUGGAAAAUUUGAUCGUUAACCAGUACAGUUUUGUCUAGUAUUUGCCAUUGCUGUGUCCAGUUUUGAUCGCAAUCGAUCCCCCCAGUAAUUAACCUCCUCCACUGUUUGCCAUGGUGGUGCAGUUUUGUAUGAGAUUGUGUGUAACGUUUAACCUACAAACUUUUUGCGUCUCCCUUGCUUGUUUAGCAUAAAGGUCCCAAUAUUCCUGUUGUGUGGCGCGAAAGCUACAAAAGUUCCCAGUCCAGAUACCCAGGAACUUGUAAACCAGGACCAGGUUCUGGAACUUUGGCGUGAAAGCACCCAGUGUGGGUUAUGGCUACUUCUCCUGUUUAUGAAUUAAAACAAGGAAAAGACAAGAUUGUUCUUUCUUCCUAGGAGGAAAGACAAACAGGUCUUACCUCGCUUCCUUAGCAUUACCUCAUCAUCACUGAUCCUGUAAUAAUACAACAUACAACUGACUUAUGAAGUUUUCUGGAAAAAGUCCAAGACCCAAACCUACUGGCAUUUCUACAUUUGAUAUCAGAUUUUCUACUGUCAAACAGAUAUUCCCAUGCAACAGCCAUAUACUGAUUGUCAUUCUUAUAUUACACAGCAGUGCACUUCAGUCAACCUCUCAGUAUGACUUUGCAGACUGGAAACUCAUACAGAAGAGCAUUUUCGUCUUUUGAAAUAAAUUGCAUUCACAUUCAGUUCGCCAAUUCACAUUCACGGUUCACUUUUUCCUAGCAGCAAAAGUUACUUUCAGCCCUUCCAGGAUGUGAAGAGGCCACUUUGAGUAAAGUGAGAAAUGUUGAUCAGAGCAUUACUCACUGCAGAUCAGCUAUAGCACUUAAACAAUGGGAUGACGGAGCCAGUUUGUAUUUUCAUUGUAUAGGGGGACUUUUAAUAUCCAUAGAGCUACUGGGUUUGCAUUAACACAAUGUACGCAUCAUUUUGCAGACCUUUCAGUUACAGUUACAUUACAGUUACACUUAAUUUGCAGUUACGUAUAUACUAAGAUUUGAAACAUCAUGUCCAGUAGCAAUUCCUAACCAACACGAGAGAGAAAUUUUAUUAUUAAGAGAUCAGAGAGAAUAUUUUUCAGAUCAUCCUGGCGUGAAAAAGUGGUGGAGGCGCAUCCAAAAAAAACUACAGUCAUUACCAAAGGGGCAAGUACUGACUACUGGGGUGGAAUACUAACAUAUUUAUUGGUGCUCUAGUCCAAUUUACUGUAUUAACGUCAAGAUGGCAGGUGCAAGGAAUUACAAUCAAAGAGUUUAGUUUGUUUCACCCGUCAUUCACUGUCAAACAGAAAUUGGUGCAUUGUGUUCUGUAACCCUGGUAAUGGGACCGAAGUUGGAGUAUUGGAGAGUUGACAAUACACUUACUUUCACCCUUUCCCAAAAGGAUCAUCUACAUUUUGCUAAUGGGAAUGUCCCUGCUCUGGUCAGUGGGAGCUCUGAAAAGUGAAUUGGAUACUGUCAGUCCAAACACCACAUGCUUUGUUCUCUAUCCUUGCAGAUGACCACCUCACUGUCGUUUUUGUUACUUUUCAUGGUGCAAGGUCCAUCGAGCACUCCUGCCACAACUUCUGUUUAAAACUUUAAAAUGUGUCAUUGUCGAAAUGGAGAUAUUAAGUACUUCGCCAA